AAUGCUCCAAACUGAAGCUCUGAGUGGGGGGAAAGAUGAGCCUGAACCCUCUGUUGAGGCCCAAAAUCCUGAAGACAGAAUCAAGGCUCGACGAAACCGGAUUACCGCACGAGCCCAGGCCAAGAAAAGACAAGAGCUUGGAGAUGACUUCCAGGAGAGAGCGGAAACUCAAGUGGAAGUUCGGCCAAGUCAGAGACAAAUGGAACAAAGUGAAAGACACAUGAAUAAAUUAAAAGCAGAUGGCACCGAGCUGGUGACCAACAUUUUGGUGGCGGUCGAUGCCAGGGAGUCGAAGAGGAGAGAAGAACUAAGGGAGGCAAACAGACUACGAUUGGAGAAGCUGGAAAACGAAUCCAAGUCCAGCACAGAGAAGUUCAGUAAGCUCAUGAACAAGUGGACUGAGGUCAAGACAAAGGUGAUCCAUCAGGAGCUGAGAGACGAUCUGAGAAAACAGCAACAGCUCUGUUGGCAAAUCAUUGAAGACAAGAACAAGCUCAUCAAUGAAUUGCAGCAGGAGCUAAAAGGAAGAGAUGAUCGCUUUGUGAAAGAUCGCAAAAGGGAGGUAGAAGAAGUGGAUCUCCUAAUUGAAAGGAUGCAGGGACAGAUAUCAAGUUUGAAGAAAGACUGUCGAAAAGAGCUGGACCUAAUUGAGAGCUCACUCGGCGACGAGAGGAGGGAUUUGCUCACGGCCCACAAGAACAAAUGGGAGCAUCAGAGGGAGGAACGAAGCGACAAAGAGCUGGAGUACUUGCUGCAGAGGAUGAAGAUGCUGGAGGAGUAUGAGUCCCUGCUGGAUCGUCUGAGAGCGGAGAGCGCAGAGGAGUCCAACAAGAUCAGAAUCAAACUAGAGACUGAUGUACAGUGCCUAGAGCAAGACCUGCAGGUAAGGAAGGCUACCUACCAGCUUAAUCAGGAGAAGCUCGAGUACAACGUACAAAUGCUGAAGAAAUACGAGGAAGAGUAUGCCAUCAGUAAGGCUCAGCAGAUAAGGAGGGUCACCAGACUGCAGGAUACGCGCAACAACCUGAAAAAAAGACGUGCCGUUCAGGAAAAGCAGUCCCAUGAGGAGAUCCAGUCGUUGACUAAUAAGUACAAGCGUCUCGUGCAGCAGUAUAAAGACGUUCAGAAGAGGAUAAGGCACUUUGCGGCGGUUGAUGCCAAGCGCUACGAGGAGGUUUGGUUGAUGAAUGAAGAUGAGGCCAAAGCGUUGGUGUGCAGAAUUAUGGACUUGGACCGAGUUAUUCACGAACAUAUGCUGGGCCUGACCUGGAGUCCCCCACCACUGCCCUUCAUGGAUCAUUCCGGCCCCAAGCAGCUCCAACGUACAGCACAGCAGGUGGCUGCACAAGUUCUGGUAGAGGAGGACGAGACACGCGAUCAGACCGAGCGAGAGAGAUGUACGCCGGAGGACUCCGGAGGCAGUCUGGAGAGCGGCAUGGCCGGGGUGGAUCGUACAACAGUAAAGAGGAUGCUGGAGCUUCUGUCUGAUGAGAUGGGCUUUCUAAUAGAGAGUAAGUUACUCAAGUUGCUCUCUUCCAUGGAGAAGGAUGAACAGACUUCUUUGAAGCUGGAUACCAUCUUUUCUGCCAUGGGGAUUGAGAAUGAAGAGGAUAUAAACAUGAUGACUAAGUUCCUUCUGAAAUACAAACAGCGACGGACAGAGAAGGAGAACAUGGUGAAUAACCAGGCAGAGAAGGAGUCCAACCUCAUCCACCCAAACGAUCUACUGAGAGCUCUCCGAGCGUUCACUGCCCAGUACUGCAACGCCAGAGAACUAGCUCAACAUAAGGGCAGUGCGCUAGUGCUGGAGAGGAUGAACGACUCUGAGGUCGAAGCGUACUGGGAGAACGUCGCUAACUUCGUCCCUGAGGCCAAACUCAAAGUCUGGAGGGCGCUGAAGACGGGUCUGAAGAAGUACCAUACCGAGCUGACUAAGAGAUCCAAGCUUCUGACUGAAACACAGCAAGUCAAACAACAAAACUCAGAGCUCUGCGUGCUCCUGAACAAAUAUCAAAACUCAAAGGUCAUUGCUGAACUGAUGAUCCCGCCCUCCCAGAUGAUGCAGUGACGAUGAAAUUGCCUCGCCCUCAUCAGAGCAGGCGUAAUCCAAUAACCGUGUUAUAUAAUACAAAUACAGUAUGAUAUAUAUGGUAUUACAAUCCUUUUAGAUAAAAACUAUAUAUGAGAUUAGAUUAAAUGUUAACAUUGUCUUAAUAUGAUCAAAAACAAUAGCAGACUAUAAUAUAUAGAUAUAUCUAUUCAUUUAUGCAUGUUUAUUUUCGUACGGCUGCGGUUAUUUAGCAAUUACGAACAUGUAUUUUUUACUUGUAUUCAUUGUAAAGUCAGUCAGUGGAACUUCAACCGUCUAACGCCAAAAUACAGAAAUAAAUACCGAGAGUAAGAAUGAAAGAACAUCAGUUGUCCCAUACUCUGAGGUCAUUUGAAUCUGUCCAUCCUGUCGUUCUUAAAUAUACGGUUCGUUGGGAGGCAGGUCUUUUAGUGUCAUUUCCCCCAGAAUAUUUGCGAAAUAUCCUCCACGGUAUCCCUCAAUCCUCAACUAAAAGAAACAGGUCAUCUCCCAGUGUUACUACUACAUCCUACGGGUCAGACCUCUUUCUCUUUUCAGUGUUUUAUCCAGGGUUCCCACGGGUCAUGGAAUUUCUGGAAUGUCAUGGAAAUUUAAUAAA